AAAAAUAAAAAUUACAACUCUGAUUUAGAGAAAAAGUUCUAUAAAAGGACUAAAUGCUCGCAAUGACUACAACCAACAAUUGUUCGAUAGAAGAAAGUGUGUCACACUCUUUAUCCAACAGGCCCCUUCCGUACGCGCAAUCAAUAAACACGAUUCAUUAGCGUUAUCUAUCUCAACCUACUUCGAGAUGUGGAAUUCGAAGAAGCUCUAAGCUUAGCAGAAAGUUUCAUAACUUUGUCAACUUUCGUCGCGUAGGUUAUACGCCAAAAACAUUUUAACCUCGUUCAUGGUCGUCAUUUAAACAUAGGCAUAGCUUAAUAUCGAUUGUCAAUAAUCAAGUGUACAUUGCAAAAUACCGUUUCAGCACACUUAGUAAUGCUCGGCAUGUUCCACGACAAAGGUGUUCCAACAACAGGGUACGAUGAAUGCCAUCAUAGGAUUCCUGUCGCGCGCGCCGAGCAAGGCGAUGGAAAGGUACGAACGGCUGGCACGGCUUGGGGAGGGUAGCUAUGGUGUCGUCUUCCAGUGCAGGGAUCGGCAAACUGGAAAAUUGGUAGCUGUGAAAAAGUUCCAACAGACAGAGGAUGAUCCCCUCAUACGGAAGAUCGCGCUGCGUGAAAUACGCCUCCUUAAGAACCUCAAACACCCGAAUCUUGUAAAUCUUUUGGAAGUCUUCAGACGGAAACGGAAGUUACAUUUAGUCUUCGAAUACUGCGAGUACACUUUGUUGAACGAGAUGGAAAGAUAUCCAAACGGAUGUCCAGAAAUCACCACGAAGCAACUCACGUGGCAAAUUCUACAAGGCGUAGCGUAUUGUCAUCGAUUAGGUUGCGUGCAUAGGGAUGUGAAACCUGAGAACAUCCUAAUAACGGCCGAUGGAGUGGUGAAAUUGUGCGAUUUUGGUUUCGCGCGAAUGCUCAGCCCUGGUGAAAACUACACGGAAUACGUCGCAACUAGGUGGUACAGGGCGCCCGAAUUGCUGGUCGGCGAUACCCAGUAUGGGACACCGGUCGACGUAUGGGCAAUCGGCUGUGUCUUCGCAGAAUUAAUACGGGGGGAAGCACUCUGGCCAGGAAAAUCAGACGUGGAUCAACUGUACUUAAUUCGAAGGAGUGUGGGCGACCUGUUGCCAAGGCAUAUGGCAAUUUUCCAACAAAAUGAAUUUUUUGCUGGCAUCACCUUACCAGCACCUCAAACUUUCACCCCCCUCGAAGACGCUUUACCAAAUAGAGGCAAUACUGCUCUACAGCUUGACUUCCUUAAAAAAUGUCUGGACAAAGACCCAGAUCAGAGAUGGUCGUGCGAGCAACUCCUUCAACAUCAAUAUUUUGAGAACUUUCACUUCAAAAUGCCUGAGGCCGAAAUGGAAGAAUUCGAGAAGCUUAAGAAAUACCGAGAUCGUUCAAGAAAUAGUAACUACAGUCAAAUGGUAUUACCCCAACUUCCUAAGCCUGGUGCUUCAGUACAUAGUCAAAGUGAAAAUCGGCCGAAAAGCUCCUCCAUGCAUCAUCAGCAGGACUUCGAUCACCUGCCUACUAUUAAAGGUUGUAAUUAA